AUGAGAUGUCAAAUCUCACCACUUCUUCUCGCAAUCAGGUCAAAUUACGUAGAUAUUGUUAAAAUCCUAUUAAAAUAUGGCGUUGAUCCAAAUAAUUCGCAAAAAUCUAAAACUGGUCAAAGGACAUUUGCAGUUUCUGUUGCACUGAAUCGGGAAAACUACAAUUGCUUCAUAUUGCUUAUUCUUAUGGGUGCUAAAACAGACAAAGUCAAAUGUAAGAAAAUUCCACGCGAAAAAUUACGGCAAAUCAAAGAAUAUUCAUGCAAACCUGUCAAGAAAGGAAAACAUCCAUAUGCAGAAAAGAUUUCUGAACUCAAUCAGUUUUGUUCAGACUUUUCAGACGAAGUUCAACACAUCAAAGUCAAAAUCACAACAAACUCAGAUUAUUCCGAUUUAAGUUUCGUUGAUGGUAUCGCAUACAUCCGGGAAUUGUACCAAAAAGCCAUAGUUCUUGUUGAAGAUAUCAUCAAACUCAACAAUAAACUCAAAGAAGAUCGAACACCACUCAUUGACAAACAAAUUAUUGUUUAUGACAAAUACAUUGGCAACCAAGUGAUUAAUUCACUUGUUCUUUCUGAAAUAUUCCCAGAAGAAACGAUCAAAAUCAUCAAAAAGCGGAGACAAAAGCUUUAUGAGUAUGGUAUUUCAGUUUCACGUCUUAAUAGUCUUUCCACAUUCGCAUUCAAUGUAUUCCAAACACUUCGUGAGUACACAAAUGAGUACUAUUACUCAAUUCAGAAAACUCUUGAAGUUGCCGAAGAGAAAAUGACUAAAACGAUCAACAAUCAGAACUUACUUCUUAGAGCAGGACUUUCAAACCCUCAAUGCGACAUGCUUCAGACUUUACUUCCUCUUAAGAUUAAGACUCUUCAGAGACAAAGAGAACCUAUUGAACAAAACUUCAAACAAUUUCGCGAAAUGAACAAUGACCUUUGUAAAUCAAUGCGCCAAUGCUAUAAAUAA